CCUGGAGUUGCAACUGAGAGAAGUCUCAAGCCUUUUAGGGGGGGGGGUUCCUCUGAAAGGGAAAGCACUUCUCUUUCCCCCUCCCUUUCCUUCUCUCCUUCCCUCUUCCUCCCUCCAAUACUGGCCAUACCUCCUGCAGAAAGAAGCAGGCAGCUGCAGCUCCAGUGCUCCGUGCUUAACCGACUAGCAGAUCCACAGCUAUGGGGCAGGCAAGGUCAGCUUGCUUUGCACCCUGAGUUGCUGCUCCUCGAGAGCCCUUCGACCGUGUCACAGUGCUGGGCUUUGAUCAAGAGGGAGUGGAAGCUAAACUAGCCCUGGGGGCAACUUUCAGAGAAUUCCUCAGGACAGGAUUACCAGCUGCAUUACCAAAGAAAGAACGAACGAAAGAUGACACUCUUCUCUGGAAUUGCUCAGGCACCUUAGGAAAGAUGAACCCAGAUUCGUUGGACACCUCCAUCCAGAGUGUGCUCUCGGCCCUCUACCCACCGUUUGACGCCACUGCGCCCACCGUCCUGAGCCAGCUCUUCCGGGUGAUAGAGGGGCGUUACCAGGGAGACGCUCUGCGCUGCCUGCUAGACUUCCUCAUUCCUGUCAAACACAUCCUGGAGAGUGUGCAGCAGGCUGCCUGCGCUCCCUACUCUGAUGUGCUGUUCCGCUGUGAGGGCUGGCCCCUGUGUCUUCACAAUCAAGUGGUGAUCCAGCUAGCCUCUGUGAAUGCCCUCCUCCUGCGGCCUGGAGACUUCUACCUGCAGGUGAAGCCCUUCGGGGAGCAGUCAGCUCGCAUUGUCCUCAAGAGCCUUCUAGAGGACCUGCAGGAGGUGGAGGAAACACCCAUCCCUGAGACCUCCUAUCCCAGCUUCUUCACCGGGGACUGGCUGGACGAGAUCAACCAGGGGCGCCAUGGGCCUCCACUGCACACCUGCCUUCUGUCCACGGAUCAGGGAAUCGUGAAAGUGCCUUGGGCUCAAGUGGCCACACCGGAGUUUAUUGAUAAGCCUAAAGUCAUGGCCAGCUCUCCAGCCACCCCAGAGCGAUCUGAGGCCCCUCAAGUCCCAGCCCGUUCCCCAAAAAAUGAGACGUCCCCGUCUGGGUUCUCUGUGGAAACCCGGAUUCUUCCAGCCAAGGAUGGCAUAGCGGUCUCUUUGAGAUUGAUUGACGGAAACUGUGGGAGAUUAAUCGAGGUGGACCAGACGAGGGCAACCAACAAGCCCAUAGGUUGGGUAUCACCAAACACAUGGGACAGCCGGAACCAAGACUUGGAAGGGGAUUACGUGGACCUGGUAGAGUUUUCUAAAGGUGGCCACCACCCUUCAGAUAAAGCAUUGCCAAAAACUAAUAGGACAGUACAGGCUCCUCAGUGGACUGAACAAGAGCCGCCUCCCUUCGAGCCAGUCCGGUCCCCUCCAGCAGUCUGUGGAGAUCCUACACCAUGUGGCAGGUCAAUGAAGUUUGCUGCAGAGCCCUGCACCCCAUGUUUAAGGAGGAAGAUGGGCCAGGACUUGGAACUCCAGGAACUGAGAUGUAGGUAUCGGGAGUCCUACAUGGCUGCACUUCAGAAUCCCGUGAACUUUGAAUCUGGAACCAUGAAGGUCACAGUGGAGGAGUCUGACCACUUGAGUGGAAGUUCUCCUUCCGUAUGUGAUGGAGAUCCCCAGCCAGAGCCUUCCCCCUGCUGCAAGAAGGUUCGUGAACAUCGGUCCCCCUGUGCUUCAGACAGUGUUGCUGCUGUUAGCUGGAGGGAGCCAGGGGAACGACAAUCCAAGAGGGGUGCUCACCCCCUUCCUCCUGCUUCUUCAGACAGGAAAAUGCACACAGGAUCAGGGACACCUAGUGCCUCCAUAAAGUGUUUGAGUGGACAAAAAACAUUGACAAAUAUAAGUGACGGGGUUUCAGUGGUUCCAGCCCUCCAUGUAGCACAGUGUAAGAAAACAACAUCGUUCGGAUUAGUAUCUCCAAAGGUGGACAGACAUAAAAUGACCACAAGAGAUGCCAGUCCCACCUGCACGGCACAAGCAGACACCUCCCUUGCCGGGGCAGGCAGUGAGAAAGGCCUACAGGACUUGUCUGUAGACAGGCCGCAGACCGCAGUGACCACAGCGACCAGAAGGGCGGCGCCAGUGACCCCUCAAGGGCCGUGCAGCCAGCUGCUUCACUCGGGCAUCAUGUGUCUACCAGGUAGCAGAGACAAGGCAGGGAGGGCAGUGGUUCAGGUGUGCAGCGAUCACACAGCCUGGAGAUCGGCAGCCACUACCAGCAAGGAACUCUCCAAACUCCUCCUCUACUUCCACUCCAUUCCCAGGAAAGACGUCAGAGAUCUUGGAAUGACUAUUGUUGUAGAUGCAAGGAAGCAGCCCCCUCCUCCAACCCUGUAUAAAGCCUUGUUAAUGGCACAGGAGCAGGUCCCUCGCAUGCUUCACUGUGUCCUGGUGCUGGUGGACAAGGACAGCGGCACUCGACUGGAGAGACAGCUGGGCCUCCACGUGGAGGUACUGACCUCGCUGAAGGCUCUACACAAGUUUAUUGAUGGUAGCCAGCUGACAGCAGAACUGGAUGGGUCUCUUCCAUACAGCCACAGUGACUGGCUUCUGCUCCCACAGAAGUUGGAUCCCUUCUUCUCAGACCUACGAGAGGCCUCCAGCUUGCUGCACAAAGCUAUCCGAAUGUUUGAGAGCAACAAACACCUUGAUACUGUUCAGGAAGUCCAGCAGUGCAUUCAGGAGCAGAAGACCAUGAUGAUGUCAGUCCUGCAGGAUGCACGAUUGGUUGGCCUGCAGCGGGAGGGUGGAGCUAUGCUUGCCAGGCUGAAGAAGGAGGAGUCUCGAUUAGUUUACUCCGAGGAUUACCGGGAUGCGAUGGACUCCGUGACCAUGCUAUAUAACCAGUUGGAGGAGAGGGUUCACAUGCUGGUGAUGAAAUCCAACAAGGGCCUGCAGCACCUCGACUUUCUGCUCAAACUCCGGGAGCUGGAGGGAAGAUUUAAAAAGAUCAGAGAGUGGUUCGAUGCGGAGGGGGAGAAGCGGUUGCUGGAGGCCGAUUCGGUGGAGGAUUCCCUGGAGAGAGUGGAGCAGACCCUGCACCACUUUAACCAGUUCCUCGACCAGGCCACAGAGCAGCAACACAAGGCUAUGGCACUGGUGACCGAGGCAGAGAAAGUUCAGCGCUCUUCCUAUCCCGAGGCCGAAGUCUUCACGGUGAUGGUGUACACCUUCAAAUCACAACUGGCAGACUUUUUGACGAGGGCAGAGGAAUGCCGGGCUCAGCUUGAGACCAUGGUGAACCUGUACCGCUUCUGUGAGAAGGCUACACAGCUUGUCAAAGACUGUAGACAGUGUCUGGAAAAAGUCAAUCCAUGCAACAGCUCAGCAACCAACCUAGAAAGCUUAAAGACCCUUGAAAAAUACCGCCUGGACUUCACUGCCUUCUCAGCAGAGGAGUUCCAGCAAGUGAAGGUUCACGCUUACAGCCUUAAAGGUUCCAGGGGGAUGCGGAUUUGGAAUGUUGCCUGGCUCAAGUGCCAGGAAGUCAGGCAGCAACUUGAGGAAAGGCUGCAGGAUAUACAGGAGGCCCAGCAGCCUACGGUAGCUUCACCCGAGGCUAAGAGGACAGUGCCCGCAGGCCCGGCACUAUUAGCACCCACUACCAGUGAAGACCCUGAGAAUUUAAGACCUGUACAACACCAGCACCCAGUCAAAACUCCCAAAUCUCUGCCUGAAAGAAGAAAAUAUCAUCACAGUGAAAAUGAUUACACAAAUGUAACUUGCUUCAAGUUAAAAUUCAAGCCAGACAGCAAAGACUCAAAGGGUCCUAACCUGAAAAAAGAGGCUGCCCACCAAGCAUCCAGCAAGGCCGAAGAAGUGGCAACUCCAAAGAGCUCCGGGGAAGCCAGCAAAGGCCUAGAUUUCGCACGUGUGUCCUCCCCGACCUGCGAGUGGUUUUCAUGGCAGCAGGAUCUGGGUAGGUCCCUCAGUGAGGAGUCCCGCGCGUCUUGCUCCCUGUCCUCCCAUUCGGACCCCCUGGCCUCUCCUUCCUCUCGAAUACGAGGUCAUCCCUCGAAGAAGAUCCUGGAUGCUGCUCAGCAGUUCCAGAUAUCUCGACACGGCAGCUUCUGCUCUGAAGACUCGUGUUCCAGGCCCAUGGGCGACUGCACCGAUGACCUGACCAGAGUGUCCUCAAUGCCAGCUGCCAGUCCCAGGAUUGCCCAGGCACUGGGAACAGCAGGGGAUCCAGGGCCCAGUGAAGAACCAGGGAAGAACUCCGGGAACUUUUGGAAGCUGCAGUGCAUCAUGGAGGAGCUGCUGCUGACAGAGAGAGACUAUGUGCGCUCGCUGGGGUACAUCAUCACGCACUACUUCCCGGAGAUGGAGCGCCUGGACCUGCCGCAGGACCUGCGGGGCCAGCGAGGACUUAUCUUCGGCAACCUGGAGAAGCUGUACGACUUCCACCGGCACUUCUUCCUCAAGGAGCUGGAGGGCAGCCUCAAAGAGCCUCUGCGCGUGGGCCGAUGCUUUCUCCGACAUAAAGAAAGCUUUGGUCUUUAUGCUUUGUACAGCAAAAACAAACCCCAGUCUGAUGCCCUGCUGAUAAACUAUGCUCAUGACUUCUUUAAGAACAAGCAGCUGGAGCUGGGAGAUAAGAUGGACCUGUCAUCAUACCUGCUGAAGCCAGUGCAGAGAAUCAGUAAAUACAACCUGCUGCUUCAGGACAUGGUGAAGGAGUGCGGGCCGGGACGGGGCCGGGAGAGAGCCGAGCUGCAGGCCGCCCUCGAGAUCGUCCGCUUCCAGCUGCGCCAUGGCAACGACCUGCUCGCCAUGGACGACAUCCACGACUAUGACGUGAACAUGAAGGAGCAGGGCCAGCUCAUCCGACAGGACGAAUUCCUUGUGUCCUACAGGAAGAGGAAGUGUUUCCGUCACAUCUUCCUGUUCCAGGAUCUGAUCCUCUUCAGCAAAACCAAAAAGACAGAAGUGGGAAACGACAUAUACCUCUACAAACAGUCCUUCAAGACCUCUGAUAUCGGGAUGACCCACAACGCUGGAGACAGUGGGCUGUGCUUCGAGAUCUGGUUCAGGCGGAGGAAAUCCCAGGACACCUACACCUUCCAGGCAGCCUCAGCUGAGGUGAAGGACGCCUGGACCAAGGAUCUGGAGAGGAUCCUGUAGGAACAAGCCCUCCGCA